AUGUUAUGCUUUGAUUUUGGUUUGUACAAUAAAGCAUGUGAAGAAAAACAAGUCAUUUACAUGAGUUUACCUCUUCUCCCGUUAGUUUCUCCUGCUUGUGUCUCCAAUAAUGAAAAGAAAUUUGAUUUCGAGGUUAAAGGCGAAGAAAAUUGUUUCAAGCCCACUCCACCAACGUCCGGUACCGUAACAAGAUCCAACAACAUGGUUGUUGUCAAGCAUGGUUCACAUUCUUUGAAGUGGAUGGCUUUUAGUGCCUCUAGCCUGAAACUGGAUUUGAAACUUCGACCAGGGUCCGAAAUUCCAAAUGACUGGUUGAGACGAGGGGGAGUAAAAGUUUGGUUUUACAAAGAAAGGCCAUCACCAGGGAAAACAUUAACUGUAGAAUUUAAAAAUUCUGGAAAACCUGUUGCCAGAUUUCAAGCUAAUCUUGACUUUGAAGGGUGGAGAGGAGUGUGGGUCAAAUUCCAUGAAUGCAAAAUUGAUAGUGCCAGCUUGAAAAAACCGACUGUAAUUAAUGAGGUCAACUUUGUCCUUAACGGGGCGGACACAAUUUACAUAGAUUUUCUUCAGUUUCUGAAAAGUAUUGUUGGCCAGUCCCGCGACAAAGUUGUUCCUCCUAUUAGUCCAUUUGGCUUGGAAAUCUAUGGCAUAGGAAACACCUGGCAGCAGACUUAUAAGUGGAGUCAACAAGCCAUUCCUUCAUUACCUUCGACAGUCGACAAGUCCAAAAAAAUUAGCCUAGAAUUGAUCGAAAGCCGUCUGAUUAACUGGUACUGCGCUGAAAACAAAACUUCUCCCCACUUUCCAAGUGGCAGCUUUCUCAGGAGUCGUUGGAAUUCCCUCUCAAGGAUUAUCAAAAAGGCACAUGAAGAGUACGAUAAACUAGACCUGGAUUCGAUCAGUGGUAAAGUCAUAGGUCCACCUCUCUUCUGCCGAGACUGCAGAGGUUCUGAAAAGUUUGGUACCAUUUUAGAAAAAAUCCUCUUACCCUUAUCACUUGAAUUUUACAUAAGAUCUCGAAGCAAAGAAAUAAAAGAUACUGUAGCUGCGUUUCUGGGUGACCUUAACUCUGACGCCAAGGGCAAUGCCUUUAAAGCCAUUGCAGGUGACAACCAAAACAUGAUAAAUCAAUUAAAAAGCUACCUUCCCCCUUCAGGGCGUCUUACCCUUGACCUAGUGAAAAAGGCAAUAAUUAAACUCAACCUUCAUCGUCUAAACAAGAUCAACAACAUUCUAGAUUAUAUAAAGCAACAAGGAUUUGCAGACGGCAGUGGCCUUGGAUCAUUGGACCACGAGUGGAAUCGAAACGGAGCUGGAUUUAUGCAUAGUCUGUUCCUUAUUAAGAACUCUCUUAAAAAAAAAUCCAAAUUGUUGGACUUGAUAAAGACAGCCAAAUGGUUCAAUGAGUUUGGAGAGAUUUAUCAAUCGCCCUCGUUUGAAAUCAAAGGAACGACUGCUGACCGAAUGAUCACGCUGAUGUUGUUUAGAUUGAUGACUGUCCUGGUAAUGCCAAGUAGCACUGAUGAUGAAAUCAAAGCCAAAAUUCGAGACAUGGAAUCCCUAGUUCGGUGGAUGAACAACGCUCUGGCUGUGAACGAAGGUCUCGGGGGAGUCAUCAAACCUGACUUUGUCGGAUAUCACCAUAAAGCCUUCUAUGGACCCGCUUACGUGCCUCAGGCGUUACACACUGCUGCCUUGGUUUACUACCUUCUUGGUGGAACUGAAUUCGCUUUAUCGGCUUCGUCAGAAAACAAUAUCAGACGGGGACUUGAAACGAUGCGUAUAAUUGCGGUGAAGUAUUCCACACCAAACAGUGUUAACGGACGUAUGCCAAGCUAUUCUAACAAAAAGAUUUUAAUUGCACUACCUGCCUUUGCUUACAUCAGUGUUUCCCAUCCGUGCACUGAGCAAUCAGAAAUAUCUGCUAGCAGUGCAGUUAGCACAAAUAAACCGGAAAUGUUUCUAAGGUUAUAUAACGACCCAACCGUCAACAGUUAUCUGGAAGAUGGAGGUUACAAAGUGAAGUACUAUUACAACAGUUUGGGCUCUCUGGACAUCAUGGAAGCGGUAAGUUCAGCUGCCUUAGUUUCUGACACUGAUUCGAUAACUAUUGUUGUCAUUAAUUCAAAAUAUUUCGUCGUUUCUGAUGGGCUUAAAACCUCCGGCUAAUUGACAAUUUUUCCUCGAGCCCAAAUGGGCUCUGAGUCAAUGGGCCAUUGACUGGCGAGAGGAAUAAUUGCAGUAGUAAAAUCCAACUAGUUGUUCAAAAAUAUCCAGACAAAACAACUUUAGCCAGUUAAAAAUAGACUUUUACAUCCUUUUUUGCCGCCAAAAAGCCCGCGCUUUUUGCUACUAGUGGGCUAUAACAUAUAGCCUGGUAAUAGCUGAACCAAUCAGAACGCAGCAUUUAUAAUAGACCACUAGCUGGAUUUUACCAAUUCUCCAUAACGAAGUGGCGUUGACCAAAUUUGGAAGAAGUGAGCAAUAUACCUGAGAAGAAAAGAUCUAUUUUAAACUUUUGCGUAUUUGAUCUGUCAAUCAAAUCGUACCUUUUAAGGUGGCCCGUUCCUAUUUAUAUGAGUGAUGGCUAUGUUUUUGAUUCGCGUUUUUCAGAAUGAAAGAUUCAACCGAUUUCUACGAUUUUUUGCAUCCUUAAUAAAUAAUGAUGGAACUUUAAGAAAAUGUUAUUUAUUUUCUUAUAGGUAUAAAAACUUUUGAGAUAUCGGCAUAUAUUUAAAACCUCAUUUUUACGAAAAAUGAAAAUAACUUCGAAAUCCCACGACAGAUUUUUUCCUAACUUCUGCAAAUAAGUCUCAGAGCUCUCUAGUUUUAUGUCUACAAGUUUGAAGGCAAUCGUGACCGUAGAAAUCGCUCCACAAAAGUUGGUCAAAUUUAAUGCUAAAAUGAUAGGCUAACACAUUUGUGAACGUAAACGCACAAAUAGCGGAAGAGAGCUGACAUACUACCUCUUAACUGAAACAUUGUUCUUACCCAAAGCAUUGUUGGAAGAAAAUGAGUAAUCGGACAACUACGGCGAACACAGUUAGCGCUUUAAUACAACCAACCUUCUAUUACAUGCGCGUUGAAAUAAAAUGUAUUUUAUUCAUCCAACUUACUCUGCAUUUGUCCGUUCAUUCUCGACAAAAAUAUUAAGAAAGCAAAACACAGCAUCUGCAGAAACCGCUUGGACGUUUUUAGCUUCAAAGGUUCUCGUUCUGAGGCGAAAUAAGCCCGCUAGUUUGAGAACACCUAGCCAUCCAAUUUUUAACUGCAAUGAAAACCCUCUCGCAUGAUGAUAUAUUCAAGAUCUCUGACUUUCCUAUCCGCAUGCUCACGAGCAGUAUGCCACUUGGGGAUAAUAGUUAUUAUUAAAAACUAAAUAAUUGGAUAAUGCAAUUCUAGCAUUUUGAUUGGCUUAGCCGUUAUGGUAUAUGAGCUAAUAUACCAUGUUCUCCAUAUAUGGUCGGUGUACGCGUCAGUUUAAAAUUGGAAGCUAGCUGAGAUUUUUUUUCGCGAAGGAUAGAACGGCGCCCGAAGCAAAUCGUUUUAAUUCAUUUCUUAGAAUACUAGAAAUGCAAUUUCAACGAAAGAAAAAAGACAAAAACAAACAAAAAAGCCACAAGAGCUUGUUUGAAAGUUUGUCGAAAAACACAUGAAAACACAUGGAACAAAAAGUACCUUGACCAGCUAUGAAAGAAGACAAGUGUUGUUUCUUCAUGAUCGCGAAGCCAUUCGCCGAUCGAGUCACUCGCCGAUAGAUAACUGCAGCUUGUUUAUCCGACAUCAAGAAUAUAAAUCACAAGUAACCAGCUACAAAUACAGGCUAUGCUGCCAUUCACUAGAGCAAUCGAGGCGGCAGUAUAGCUUCUUUUCUCGUUCAGCAAAACCAGCUUGUGGCUUCAAACAACUUCAUAACAAGCGACCGAGGUAAUACCGGUGGUUUUUCUCCGUUGUUCUUACUUUUAUAACUGCACCGAAAAUCCAAAUUCACAGUAAUUUCGACGGCUGUCACUUAAAAAUUCCUUUCCUUCACAUUAUCUGCCAGGUUUUUUAAGCUGUUCUGCUGUGUAAAAUCCUAGAAUCACGAUGAGUUUUUAAAAAACUAAUGUUCAUCGCACAAUGUUUUGAUUUUUCAUUCAUGCAGUCUAGGCGAGCCCGGUUCGCGCGUUGACAGUUUUGAUAGACGUGUGACAUGUCAAUAUCGGAAGUCCCUUGUCUUUUCCGGUUUGUUCUAGUCGGGGCGAUUCAACGAGAUUUUGUGGGCGUUUUUAAUAAAACAAUUAUUCCACUCGGGCUUGUUGGAUAUGAAAUGAUUAUAGCCAACUCGGCGCUAUGCGCCUCGUUGGCUAUCUAUCAUCUCAUAUCCAACGCGCCCUCGUGGAAUAAUUGUUAAUUAUUUACAUAUGGAAAUCUAUUUACUAUCAAAUUUAUGGCAUAAUUUGCCCUUGUUUUGUUAGGGCCUUAUAAGCCUUUUCCGAUGAUUAUAUCAGUCAUUAACAAAACCUUUUUUUUGCUCCUAUUAGUCCUAUAACAAUGUGUAUAAAACAUAAUUAGACAUUUAAUUUGCAAAUCGUGUUUUGUCUACUAUUUCAUUUUCAGUUUAGCGAUUUUUCUUUUUUUUUACAUGUUCUUCGAAGACAAAUUAUUUAAAAGUCAAAGUAUAGAGGCGUCCCAAGUGGUUCACCUCGAUAGUGCAUGUUUAGAAGAUAAAGUGCUGUUCAGGUCUGCAAAUAUACUCCAAAAUAGCAGAUGUCCGUCUAGUUGUCUUUUUGCUAUGUUUUUAGAGAAUAUUUCGUCGUGAAACGAGUAAAAUGUUCCGCCGACUGUUCGGCCAUUUUUCUUUUCACAACCAAAACAACUCAACCUCGUCCUCGGGUCUUCUCGGUUAACGGUGCAAUAACCUGCAACUGUGCUGCAUUUUUGACGUCAUCGGUUGAUUAUUCGCAAAAUUCUUCCAAAUUUGGUCAACAGUAGCUGGUUAUGGUGAAUUAUUCGUGUGCAUUUAGUAAAUCAGAAAUAGAGAAAUAUUUUGAAUGAAAAAUAAUUAGCAAUUAUUGAAUUCGGCUUUCGUAUCAUCUGAAGAAUUAUGAAGAUCGAGGAGGGUGUUAUCCGCCGAGGCCGGAUAACACCCUCCGUGAUAGAAAAGCCGAAUUCACUAAUUUUUUUACAAUUCGUUCAAAAUAAUUCCUAGUUAAAAAAUAAGCUAAAACAUGCUUACCUUCAUCGAUGUUAAGUUCAUCUUCAAUAGUGCAUAUUUAUCGGCAAGUUUAGGAGAUAAAGGGUUUUUCAGUUCUGCAAAUAUUCUUCAGAUAGGAGAUGUCGUCUGUCGAGUUGUCUUCUUGCUGUUCUUGCUAUAUUUUUAGCCAAGAGUUCGCCUACUCGUGAAACGAGUGAAAUGUUCCGCCAUUUGGUAUCCUCUACCAAAACAACUCAACCUCGUUCCCAGGUCUUCUCGGUUAACCGUUCAAUAAUCUGGCAAAUUUGCUGCACGAUUGACGUAAUCAGUUCACAUAUCGCAAAAUUCUUCUAAAUUUGGUCGACAAUAACUGGUUAUGAUGAAUUAUGCGUGGGAUUUUAGCCAAUCAGAAACGGAGAAAUAUUUUUAAUGAAUAAUAAAUUUUCUUUAUAUUAAGGUUAAAGCUAAUGCUAAAUUGAGAGGCAUUUAUCCCGAGUCCUCCCCUGAAGGUCACUGGUCCAAGAAUUUUGCCGCUCUGUCCAUCCAUCGACGCAAAGAUUGGGCUGUAACAGUGAAGGGAUUUAAUCGUUUUCUCUGGGAUUUUGAGAACAAAAAGAAUGAAAACGUUUUUGGUAUGUUUGCCAGUCAUGGUGCUUUGCUGAUUGCCAACAGUGAAACAAGCCUUAAAGUUCAUGACGUCGAAAAUGGUUGGGAUUGGACCAAAGUCCCUGGAGCAACGACACUCGCAUUGGACCUUAAUGCUUUGAAAUUGAAAAAAGGAAGGUUUUACAACCCAAAGGAUUUGGCAGGAGGUCUCACGUUUAAAGGUACCAGUAUCUUGGAAAAUGGUAUUUUUGGCAUGGAUUUUGAACAGCCAAACUAUAGUCUGAGCGAUUGGCGAAAAAAUAUAGAUUUCAAGUUCAAAAAAUCGGUUUUCUUUUUUGAAAAUUUGGUAGUUUGCUUAGGAAGCGACAUAGUAGCAAAAAACACUGGAGGUAAAAUCGUUCAGACAACGCUUUUUCAAGACAAGCUGACAGAAUCACUUUCCAUAAAGAUUAAUGGGGUAGUAAAAAGACUCGCGACGUCUAUUUCGAAAUCAACACCUUCGAAACAAGGACAAAAAUUUACGACGCUUACUGACACAAAAGGGAAUUUUUACUACAUACCAGAUGCCAGUAAGGAUAUGUUAAAGGUGCACAUUAAAAAUCAAAUAUCCAAAACAGAGGACGGGAAAACUGCUACAUUCGGGAAGUACGGUACGGCGUGGCUCGAACAUGUUGGCUUUCCUUCACAAUACGAAUAUGCAGUCAUAAUUCCGACUCCAACAUAUUCUCCAACACCAUAUAAACCAGCAUCCGCCCAGGAAACAAAAAUGAAAGUUUACAACGUGCUGGAGAAAAGUAAGUUUGCUCAUGUCGUUCAGUUUGUCAUAUUGCCAAAGACCUGGACCCCACUCAACCAUCCCGUUACUGCCUAUGUCAUUUUCCAACCAUCUACAUCUCUUCCCACCAAUGGUCCAGUAACGGAAGUCAACAGAGGAAAUAUUCUAAUCAUGGUUGAGGAGACUGGGAAGUUUAUUCACCUCAGCAUCAGCUCUCCAAGUAUAAAUCUUGAAUUAAAGCGACCUUUAAAUAACUCGAAUGACGCGAGGGAAGAAGAAUUGUAUCACUCAUCGAGCAAAGAGCGUAAAAUAAGGGUCACACUGAAGACACCAGUACAGCGAAGUAUCGUUUCCCUCAUGGUUCAUGAUGACCCGGAUAGUUAG